GGCAGCGCAGCGUGCGCUCGGCACCUUCCUCGCGCAGGGCCGCUUGCUGCGUCCUUGGGCGGCGAUGCCACCACCCUGGCUGGUCUACUGCGGUCCGUGGCGCUGCGCUCGGAGGUCGUCUCGACGAAUCUCUCGUCGUUUGUUGCUCUCGUGCUCUUCCUCAUGACCGACCUCCCCGACGCCCCGAUUGCCACGCUCCUGGCCGAGGUGCUGACGCUGCCAGCGCUCUCCGAGACACUGCCAUCAAGCGCGGUCGCGACCCUGGUCACGCUAUGGCCUCGCCUUUUAGCAGCGCCGGUGGCCGACGCCGCCGCGCUGCCGACGUCGCCGCUUCCGGGGCUCGAAAGCGCCAUCUUCCUCCUCGCCAACAUGCUCUGGAUCGCAUCCCUCGUCAACCUCGAGGCGUCGAUGCCCGCGUUCGUGCACUGGGCGUGGACCAUGCUGCAGGUCGUGCCCGAUGCGACCUAUGGCGGCAUGGCCUGGGUCCGCGUCUCGGCGUCGCACUCGGUACCGGCGCCCGUGCCACCGGCCGUGACCCGCCACCUCCAGUACCUCUACAGCCAUACAAUGAUGCAAUCGCUGGUGCCCCGGGGCUUUCGCGUGGAUGCGACCAAGAUCACCAAGCCACUGACGACGACUCUACCGACGCCGAUGCUGCCCAAUGCGAUCCUGAACGAGGAAAAGUUUGGCUUUGGCAACAUUGCGCAGCAGUCGGGCUCGUCCAUCUGGAAGCGGUUCUGGCACCAACCGCAAAAGUGGGCCACCAAGCUCUUUGGCGCGUCGUCGCGGUCCAAGGCGCCACCGAGCAGCCUUCGCAGCACCGAGAAAGGGGAAAACCUUGUGCCCACUGCGUUUGAUAGCACUCUCUUCAUCUCUCUCGCCAAGCUCUAUGGCUUGUUUCUCUUUCGCUGGACGCCGCGGGACGCCAAGGUGCCGCAUGCGCUCCUGAGUGCGCUCGCCUUCUUCAAGGCGCUAGACGGCACGUCGCUCGUCACCACCUUGUGGCUCUAUCUGCAAGAAUCGCUCGACCUCGCAGCCUACGCCGAGACAACGGCGGUGGAAGCGACGACGGCGGGCGAUGGGGUCGGCAACGUGCUCUUCCUCUUUGUCCAGUGUUACAACCAACUCUUGGUCGUGCUCGACGACGACGAGAUGUACGACCGUAUGUACCCGCUGCCGCUGUUUGAGGUCGAGCGCGUCGUGCUCUUCUUCAAGCCGAUGCUGUUCCGCGCCUAUGACGCGCCGCGACGCAUCGACAGCUUUGGCGACCGCAUCGUAGCCGGCGCGACGCUGCUUCUGCAGCAACUCUACAACCGCUGCGCGCGCACGCCGUUCUGCAACGUCACGAGCUGGGUCCUCUCCGACAUGGACGGAUCGGCGGUCCUCGAGCGCAUCCUAAAGAACGAGCCACAAGCGCUCUCAUUGGUCCAGCACAUGCCCUACUUGCUCCUGUAUGCGGACCGCGUCCGACUCUUCGAGGCCUGGGUCCGUCUCGACCGUGCACAGCACCAGGCCCCGGACAUGCCGGGCUUCCGCAUCAACAUUCGCCGCGGGUACAUCCUCGAGGACGGGCUCACGAAACUCAACGUCAUCAAGCGCGAUCUCAAAAAGAAGAUUCAGGUGCACUUUAUCAACGCGGCGGGCAGCGAAGAAGUGGGUAUUGACGCCGGCGGGCUCUUCAAGGAGUUCUGGACCGACCUGAGUGCGCUCGCGUUCGACCCCAACUAUGGUCUCUUUAACGUGACGAGAGACCAGCUCUUGUACCCGAGUCCGCACUCGGAAACGGUCCACCAGAGCGACACCCUCCUCUUUGAGUUCCUCGGACGCAUUCUCGGCAAGGCGCUGUACGAAGGUCUCGUCGUGCAGCCUCGCUUUGCGCGCUUCUUCCUCACCAAGCUCCUCGGGCGCCCCAACCUCUGGCACGACCUUCCGUCCCUCGACCCCGAGCUCUACAAGAACCUUUCGUUUCUCAAGAGCUACGAAGGCGACGUGGCUGACCUCGGGCUCUCGUUCAGCAUGGACCAAGACUGCUUUGGCGUCGCCAAACACGUGGAGCUCUUGCCGGGCGGCGCGACGACGGCCGUCACCAAUGACAACAAGCUGCGCUACGUGCAUUUGAUGGCGCAUUUUUACCUCAACACGCAGAUCCAGCGGCAAAGCGCUGCGUUUCUGCGUGGUCUCCAGGACGUGAUCGACGUCAAGUGGCUCCACCUCUUCAACGAGCCCGAGCUCCAAGUGCUCAUUUCUGGCACGUCGCAAGCUCUGGACGUGGCGGACCUCAAGCAAGCAGCGACGUUCGCGGGCGGAUACUUUGGCCACGACAAGCGCGUGCAGUGGCUCUGGAAGGCACUCGAGAGCUUCUCGCCCGCGGACCAGGCGCGCUUCCUGCGCUUCGUCACGUCCUGCGAGCGCGCGCCGAUCUUGGGCUUUGCCUCGCUGCAUCCACCGUUUGUCGUGCAGCGCAUUCCGAUUGCAAAGGACGACGAGAAGCUGCCGUCUGCGGCCACGUGCUUCAACACGCUCAAGCUACCGACGUACUCGAGCUACAAGGUGCUCCGGGAGAAGCUCUUGCUGUCCAUCAACGCCGGCGCGGGCUUUGAGAUGACGUAG